UUACUUAACUAUUCACUCCUAAAGUCAGUAAAAAGUGGAGUAGGUGGCGUAGGUGAUAUGGAAAAAGGUAUAGACUGGACUGGUAUGAGACUGAUACAGACGUGGUAGAGAUUGGGCGAUUCUGUGGUUAUAUACGAAAUUAUGUUGAAUUGUUUAUCAUGAAAAUAACUUCACCUACAAAAAAAUCCUCAAUUUAUAAAUUGGUUAUAAAACAAAAUAAAUCUGCAGGAAAAAUUGUAACGUUUAAUAAAACGAUUAUUAUAUAAAUUGCAACCAAAAUGAUGUCAGCAGCUGGUACACCUUCUAGUGACCCUUGGGUCAUAGUUGCUCGAGAAAGAGCAAGGUAUGAAGAACAGUUUAAGUCAUUAAAACCAGCAAAUGGUAUAAUUACUGGGGAACAAGCGAAGGAAUUUUUUUUAAAGUCACAAUUGCCUCCACUCGUUUUGGGACAAAUAUGGGCAUUGGCUGAUACAGAUUCUGAUGGAAAAAUGGACAUCAAUGAAUUUUCUAUUGCAUGUAAAUUAAUUAAUCUGACAUUGAGAGGUUUUGAAGUUCCGAAAGUACUGCCACCAACAUUAGUGGCAUCUCUACAAAUGUACAAAGCUCCACCCAUACCCCCUUUACCAUCAGUAGCACAACAACAAAAAAUUCCAACACUUUUAAAUCAACUACCUUCAGUGCCAUCAUCUAUUCCAUCUCAAACUCUCUUAUCAAACCUUACUUCUACUACAAAUAUUCCUACUGGUAUAGUGAAUCCCAUGCAAAAUACUUUACCUAACAUACAACCCUCUAUGGUACCUACUUUAAUUUCACAGCCAGUUGUUCCUCUCAUGGGGCAACAAGUUAAACCUGUUAUACCAGUAAUACCACCAGUUGCAAAUAUUCCAAUGGCCACAGCACAAACUAGUACUGCUCCUCUUCCUGCUGCAGGAAUUAUUCAAGGAAGUGCCCCUCUUAUUUCUGGAAGUACUGUUACAUCCAUACCUUUAUCUGUUGGACCCCCACCAAUUCCAAGCAUGCCCAUCAUGUCAACAACAUUGCCGAAUGCAACAGCAUUUGCUACAAGUGCCCCUGUAGUGCCUGUAAUGCCUACAGUUUCAAGUGCACCUCUUAUUCACAGUGCUCUUCCCAGUACAACAUCUACUCCCUUAAUUCCUGGAAUUUCUAAUAGCACAACUGCUGUUGCUACAGUUUCAGCAGUCGCUCCACCAUCAGGAGGACCUUCUGCCACGAGCACACCAAGAGCUAGCAUUGGUAGUGUUGAUAGAAAUGCUUCUCUUGAGUCUCCACAAAUUGAAUGGGCAGUACCUCAUCAUAUUAAAUUGAAAUAUACUCAAAUGUUUAAUACUGCAGAUAGAUCGCGAUCAGGAUAUUUAUCAGGAGCUCAAGCCAGGAAUGUCAUGAUGCAAACAAAAUUGCCUCAGAACAUACUGGCGCAAGUUUGGGCUUUAUCAGACAUGGACUCUGAUGGAAGACUGGGCUGCGAAGAAUUUGUGUUGGCAAUGCAUUUAUGUGAACAGGCACAACAAGGAAUACAACCGCCUACAGAAUUGCCGCCUGAUUUAAUCCCACCUUCAUUUCGAAAAGGACCCAGAACAAACUCGGUUUCAAGCCAAGGAAGUGCUCAGCCUGAACAAGAUCCUGCAUCCACUCUUUUGACUAGUUCGUUUGAGGACAAACGUAAAGAAAACUUUGAAAAAGGACAGGCUGAAUUAGAGCGUAGGCGCAAAACGUUAUUAGAACAGCAACGUAAAGAGGCCGAGGAACGGGAAAGAAAAGAAAGGGAAGAAAUAGAGAAAAGAGAAAAAGCGCGUUUAGAGGCAGAACGUAAACGAAUGGAGGAAUUAGAAAAACAAAUGCGAGAGCAACAGGAGCAAGAAAGAUUAAAAGAAGAAGAAAGGAAAAGGCAGAACGAACAACGAGAAGCAGCCAGGAGAGAAAUGGAAAGACAGAGACAACUUGAAUGGGAAAAGCAACGGUUACAAGAACUUCAGCAACAACGGCAACGUGAGCAAGAAACGGUGCUAAAAAUGAAAGCUAAAAACCAAAGUUUAACGAUUGAACUUUCGUCUUUGAAUGAUCAUGUGAAAGAAUUGUCACAGAAAAUUUGCGAUACCCGUGUAGGUGUGUCCAACGUUAAGUCUACCAUUGAUGGAAUGAGAUCAACCCGUGAUGCACAAAUGCAAGAAAUGUCACAACUAAAAAACAAACUGAAAGAGCAAAAUGCAAAAUUGCUCGCUUUAUCACAAGAGAAGGCAAAAUUGGAUGCUAAAAACAAACUAAAUCUCCAGAUGGGAAGCGAACAGCAGAGUGCAGCAGAUCGACAGGCGUUUGAAAAUAAAGAAAUCACAAUUAAGCACUUAAGAGAAAAAAUUGAUGACAUGCAAAAACAGAUCGAAACGAAAAUGUCCGACAUCGAAAAUAAUAACACACAACUGAGCGAAUUACGUUCUCAGCUAAAUCAGUUAGUAAAUGAUUGCGAAAAUUUGUAUUCAGUUUAUGAGAAUAAACGAGACAAAGUUCUCGAAAUGAAAAAUGUUCGCAAUACUGAUUCCACCUGGAAAGAAGGAGGGUGGGGAGACACAGGAACAGAAUGGCCCGUUAAUAAAUGGGAAAGCACACCUUCAGAAACCGACACAGAAACUACACUUACCGUACCUGUUUGCAAAUACAGGGCUUUGUAUGAAUUUGUUGCCAGGAACAUGGACGAAAUUUCGUUUCAACCGGGAGAUAUUGUAAAUGUGCCAUAUGAACAAACCGGAGAACCGGGAUGGCUUGCUGGAGAACUUCGUGGUAAUACCGGAUGGUUUCCUGAAUCGUACGUCGAACCUUUGGAUGGAAUUGGCGUACGGGCAGCAUUUCCAUCGUCUACAGAAACCCCUACUGCUGUACAACAACCGGAAGUGGAAAGCAAGAGACUAGAGGAAAUUGAAGAAGUUCCGGAAGUAGUAGAAGUUUCUUCAACAUUUUCACAAUUCAUCGAGGAAACUACUGUCACACCAGCUCCUACUUCAGAUAUCCCUCCUCCUGCCGAGUCUCUUCCAGAAGGUCCUAUAGAAUAUUGUAUUGCAAACUUCCCCUAUCAAUCUAUAGAACAAGGAGAUUUGAGUUUCAAUGCAGGCGAUAUAAUAACGGUGGUUAAAAAGGAAGGUGACUGGUGGACAGGAAAAUUAGGAGAUGUAGUUGGGAUUUUCCCUAGCAAUUAUGUCCAGAAAUACGAUCCGAAUGCUAACAAUAACAAAGACGUUGUCACUGCUGCUCCUACUAACGUUGCUGCUUCAACGCCUCCAUCUUUCGGCACACAGCAAGAAAAUACAUCUUCUCAAAUGGACAAUGAAGUUUCUCAAAUUAACGAAAAUAAACCUAGCGAAAAAAUUAAUGAAACAUCUACAACUCCAGCAUUGAAAGGAAGUAAGAAGCCGGAGAUUGCGUCAGUAAUAGCUCCCUACCAAGCCACGAGUCCUGAACAGUUGUCAUUAGCAAGAGGUCAGUUAAUAAUGGUUCGAAAGAAAACAGAUUCUGGUUGGUGGGAAGGUGAACUUCAGGCAAAAGGUAAAAGGCGACAAGUUGGAUGGUUCCCGGCCAGCUACGUAAAAAUUUUAAACAGCAGUGGACGUAUGAGCGGUAGGACCACACCUGUCUCGACUACAAGAAUGCAGCAAGAAGUUGUCAUAGAUAAAGUAAUUGCCCUCUUCCCAUAUACUGCUGCUAAUCCUGACGAACUGAGCUUUUUAAAAGAUGAUAUUAUUAGUAUCACGGCCCGCGAAGAGCCUUCUUGGUGGAGAGGGGAACUGAAUGGAGUAUCCGGUUUAUUUCCAAGUAAUUAUGUAGCACCUCUCACUCAAUCAAAUGAUCCUCAAGAAAAAGUAAGAAGAGAUGCAAUUAACGAAUUGAUACAAACCGAAAAAGCAUACAUUAAUGAUAUGGCAACUGUACAUGAAGUUUUCGAAUUGCCAUUGAAACAAAGUAAAAUAAUUACAAACGAAGAAGUUAAUAUUAUAUUUGUAAACUGGCAAGACAUUCUCGAAUGCAACAGAAACUUUCUGAAAGAAUUAUUAGAACGAUGGGAGUCAGAUAGUAAUAUUAUCGGGGAUAUUAUAUGUACACAUUUGCCUCGUAUGACAGCUUACAUAACAUUCUGCAGUAAACAGCUAGAAAGCGCCACACUUUUACAAAAAUUAACUGAAACGUCAGCAUCAUUUAGAGAUGUAGUAAAAAGGUGCCAAAGUCAUAGAUCAACCAAAGGGAUGCCUCUUAGUUCAUUUUUAAUCAAGCCAAUGCAGAGGAUCACGAGAUACCCCUUAUUAAUUAGUAAAAUUAUAGAAAAUACUCAUGAAACUCAUCCAGAUUAUAAAUAUUUAAUCGAAGCACAAAGAGUAGCUGACGUGUUUCUGAAAAGACUUAACGAAAAUGUAAGACUAAGGGAGAAUGAAGAACGAUUGGAAUGGUUGCAAAAUAAUGUUCAAUUGGGUAACGAUUUGAAAAUAGUAUUUAAUAGUAUAACAAAUAAAUUGGGUCCAAGAAAAUUAAUUCAUCAUGGAGUAUUAACGAAGGUGAAAAGUGGAAAAGAACUGGUGGGAAUUUUAUUUAAUGACUUUUUUAUGUUGAUUCAACCAAGCAAGGCAAUUGGUUCAAGUCAGUUCAAUUUUAGCAAAAGUGGGAACAUAGUAUACAAAAUAUACAGACAACCAAUAUUAAUACAAGAUUUAAAAGUAGUAAAGUGUAACACCGAUUCUUUAGAAAACGGUACAGAUUCGAAUAGAGCUUUAAGAAUUCAUUAUGACAAUCAGAUCAUAUCAUUACUUGCUACGAGUGUGAACGAAUGUAAUUUGUGGGUAAAAAAGAUCGAAAGUACAAAAGAAGUUUAUGACAAAGUGGUGUCAUUAUCAAGAAGUCGACCUAAAUCAAUUCACAGUUUGGCCCGUGCAUGGUUGACCGUUACGAUUGUGCAAGGCUCCGAAAUACGAUCCACCAAAAUUGGUAAACUUUUCAAGCGAAAAGGUAAGCCUCAUACUGAGAAUAUUUACUGCAAAGUGAUACUUGGAGACCAAGAACAACAAACCAAUGCGGUCUCUGAUAGCAUUAUUGGUUCAAAUACUUCUUUAAAUGGGGCUCCUCAAAUACCCACUUUGGUAUGGGACUAUUCUAUGCAAUUUCAUGUAAAAAACAUCAAUGAAGAAAUUCUUACGUUGAUUGUGUAUGAAACAAGUGCUUUUCAACCAGAUGAGUUUCUAGGUCGAGCUGAGUUAAAGAUAAGCAGUAUAUACAAAGAACAACAAAAUACAAAUGGACCAUUAAUAAAAAGGUUGAUAUUACACCAAGUAGAAUCAGGAGAAAUAACAAUUAAAUUGGAUUUACAGCUAUUUAGCAACAACUACUAAAAUAAUAAUAAUAAAGAUUUCAUUAAGUAAUAAGGCUCAAUCGUAUAUUUUCAGAUAAUAAACAGCUUUAAUUUAUCCCAUAAUUUUUCAUAAAUCUGCCAUUUAGCCAAUUUUUUGGCAACGUCAUCGUUUUGCGAAUAUUUAUAUAUUUACUAUUAAGUUACGAUAUGCAAAUAUGCUAUUCCUAAACGGUGUAUUAUUAUAGUAAAAAAAGUUAAUUUUAAUUAACGAGUUAUAAGUAAUGUGAUAUUAAAUACAAGAAUCAAUCGUUAAUAUAUUAAAGUCACAAAUAAGUACAUUUUUUGUGGUUCAUCCAGGGGCCAAAAAUUUCAAAUGUACGUUGAAAAUAUGUCACAUUACUUGUAUCUCAUCCUUAAAUUGUUGUGAGGACAAAUCUGAAGUAAGCAUGCAUUAUCAUUAAUAUAUAAUACAUACAGAAAAUAUUAAUAAUCAAAAUUAAUCUAGGCACUUGUACCUUUCAUAAUAAAAUCGUAAGUUCGAGCUUUCAUACAAUUAGAUUACAUUCGGAAAAAAGUUAUACGAUAAUUACUACUAUGGUUCUGCGUUAUAUAAAGAAUAAUUUGAACUUGCCGAGCUUGUUUCUAAUUUAAUUGUCAUUUUAAAAUUAAAAAAUUGUUCCUUUAUUUACAAAUAAGUAUUUUUAUUUUUUAAUCAUCAUUGAAGUUGCGUACUUUUUAUAUAUAGGUACAACAUUUCUUAAUCGCAUCAACUACAUACAUUAGUACUACUAUUUCGAAACGCUUAUUUACCUACUAUACAUGGCUAUAAUAAUAAUUAUACAUAUACAAAUUAAAAAAAAAUUCUACUUCUAUUUACGACAAUGUAUUUCGUGAAAUGUAGAAUAGAUCAAAAAUCUUGUUAACAGUUAGCUGUUUUGAUGAUUAGUAUUAUUAUUAAGUGCAUGUUGUAUUUUCUUGAUUUUACAC